AUGAAUACUUACAAGUUCACCACUCCACUACUCGUCUUCUUCGCGAGCACUCACACAAUUGGCGGUCUCCUCCUCCCUUCAGACUUUGGCGUGGAAGGCAACGCCGUUUUCUCCGCCAUGCAGACCGUCAGAUUCGAUUUCAUGGGCAGUCGGAGGACCUUGCACGACUUUUACAUGGGAUUCGGUCUCGGUAUGACCGUAUUUUUGUUCACGAGCGCGGCGGUAUCGUGGGUCUUGAGCUCCUUUCCUGGAACGAAGCCACAUGCUUCAUCAGCGUGGAGCGAGGCGAAAGGAGAGGUGAAGAAGGUCGACGACGACAACGGCAGUGGGGAAUUGUCUCUGAAGGAGCUGUUGAGCAUGUUGAAGUGGAUCCUGUUCGUUAGCAACUUUGCCAACAUGCUGCUGUGCUAUGUUUAUUUCUUUGUUCCGCCCAUGGUGGUGAGUACCGUGAUUGCGGCAUUUUUGGGUUGGGAGUGCCUCAAGGACUGGCCUUUCUGA